AUGGCGCAUAAAUCAGGACUCACCUCUCCACCGCCUCCACCCAUCCUCGUCUCAGAGUUGGUUUGGAAGUACUGGGAGAUUAACGCCUCCUGGUCAAAACUCUUGAGCAAGACGAUUGGGGGCUGGUGGAUAAACAUCCCACUUCCCUUGCUGCCCCUCAGGGACCUCCAGGUUCCUGAGAAGCAGUGGGAAAAUGCCACCUGGCUGGUGACGGAGUUCAUGCUGGUGGGUUUCUCCACCUUCCCAGGCCUGAGGACCACCCUCUUUGCACUGUUCUUCCUCACAUACUUGGUUACCCUGAGUGGCAAUGUCACCAUCAUCACCAUCAUACAUGCGGAUCGGACCCUUCACGCUCCCAUGUACCGCGUCCUGGCCGUGCUGUCCCUCUCUGAGACCUGCUACGUGCUGGUCACCAUCCCCAAUAUGCUGGCUCAUCUGCUCAUGGAGACGACCCGUGUGGAGCACUUCUUCUGCGACAUCACCCAGGUCCUGAAGCUCAGCUGCGCGGGGAGUGCCAGCAAAGCGCUGGCCAUCUUCUUCCUGAGUAUUCUCGUGGUGCUGGUCUCCUUCCUCCUCAUCCUCCACUCCUACACCUUCAUUGUGGCCGCCCUCCUGAGGAUCCCCUCAGCAACCGGCCGGCACAAGGCCUUCUCCACCUGUGCGGCCCACCUCACCGUGGUCAUUGUGCAUUUUGGCUGCGCCUCCAUCAUCUACCUGCGGCCUGAGUCCAGAGGAAACCCGGACCAGGACCGCCUGGUGGCUGUGUUCUACACAGUGGUGACACCGCUGCUGAACCCGGUGGUAUACACUCUGCGCAAUAAAGAUGUGAGGGUGGCAUCGAGGAGGACCCUGGCGCGAAGCCGCGGAGUUUUAAAAAUAAACACUCGUCCUAAGUUCCGGCUCUAG